AUGUCGACGUCAUCAGAAACCCCGGAGACGUGGAUAGCGUCGUUCUGCUCUCUGCUGGGACAUGAGUACUUUGCCGAAGUCUCGGAGGAGUUCAUAGAAGAUGAUUUCAACCUUACGGGUCUCCAAUCCCAGGUGCCGCUGUACAAGGAAGCGUUAGAGAUGAUCCUAGACGUGGAGCCAGAAGAAGACGAGGAGGACGAGGAGGACGAUGAGGACGAUGAGGAGAACGAGUCGGGCGAGGAGCGGAUGCGGCAAGGCGGCGAGCGGCGGCAUCACAGCCGGAUGCCGAGCGACCUGUCGAUGAUCGAGGGCUCUGCCGAGCUGCUGUACGGCCUGAUACAUCAGCGGUUCAUAUGCUCGCGUGCGGGCAUCCAGCAGAUGUCGGAAAAGUACGAGCUGAGCCACUUUGGCGUAUGUCCGCGCACGUACUGCAACCUAGCCCGUACGCUGCCGGUCGGACUCUCGGACGUCCCCGGCGAGGACACGGUCAAGCUGUUCUGCCCCUCGUGCCUGGACGUGUACGUGCCGCCCAACAGCCGGUUCCAGACCGUGGACGGGGCCUUCUUUGGCCGCACCUUUGGCGCGCUCUUCCUGCUCACCUUCCCCGAGUACGACCUGUCGAGAAACGGCGCCGAGGCCUUGACGACCCUGACACACAGCGACGUGAGCAGCACCGGCAGUGGCAGCGGGCCGACCAGCCUCAUGGUGAACGGCAUGUACGCGCGCAACAUUGCGCCGGGGCUAGGGCGCGGAAAGAUUUUCGAGCCCAAGAUCUACGGCUUCCGCGUCUCGGAGAUGGCGCGCUCGGGUCCGCGCAUGCAGUGGCUACGGGACAGGCCAGAAGACACGGCCGACCUGGACGAGGCCCGGCGCUAUGCGGAGGAACACCCAGACUCGGACGAGGAGCACGACAGCCGCAAGAAGAAGACGGCGGCUCCGGUCGAUGCCAGCCUGACCGCUCAUCGGCGGCCACCAACCGCCAGCCGCACCACACGGCAGCAGAUACAGACCAAGACCCAAACUUUGUUACAAAAUACGACGCAGCCAGCCCAGCGACUAAGGCAACCCCUGAACGAAAGCUCCAUGUCAGUCGAUGCUACGGCCAUCGAGUCUGAGCUGUAG